CAUUAAUUGCCUAAAAAAAUACUCUCCAUUUCCAUUAGGCGGCGAACAUGCUUAUGUAGUAGUAUUUAUUUUCGUAAUACAUAUAGGAAUAUGUAUGGAAUCUGUAGGUAUAUACGUAUCUGUAUUUAUUAUUUGAGCGGGAGUUUCUUGUGGGUGCAGUUAGAAGAUUCUUACUUCUGGGGCAUCAACGAUAUCGGCGAUAAUGGUGUUCUUCUUUUCCUGGUUGAAGAAGAGCUCUUCCAGAUUGUACGGCCCGACGGUAGACGGCGGUCCAUUCCACAGCUCCUCGGCGCAUUGCUCGUAGAUUCCCUCCGUCAGAUGGAAAGAAUCCCACCACACAUGAUCCUCGGCGUUGUCGCAUAGCUGGUAAUCUUUCACCUUCUUAGUCCCUCCGCAGGUGUAAACUCCUCCGUACGGUCCAGUUCCACAACAAGCAUUCACUCCAUCCUUGAAGCCUGAGACAACAACCAAAAAUGAGAGAAGGGUGAAUUGAUGAGUAUGAAAGUUUUGAGACCUACUUGAUGAUUACCGUAUUUUGAGGGGUUGUUUAUUCUAUCUUCAAGCCAUUCAUAGAAAUUGGAAUUGGAAUAUUUGAAGCCUUUUAGAAUGUAUUCAAGGCAGGUCAGGACAACUCUUAAGGCCUUUUUAUGUGCUCGUGCAAGGCCGCAACCCUCUUCCAAGCAACCCUCGUCGGGGUUCAGUGAGCGGAGGGCCGGCAAACAACCCAACGGUGCCAAGCUUAGGAAACCAAACUUCCUUGCACCUUUUUCAUACAGGACCUGCAGGUUUUAGUAGUAAAAGAGGGUCAUCUCUCAGCUUUAUAGCACCACAAAGGUUGAUGUCAGUUAUCAAGAUUCGAGGGUUUAACUGAGUUAGUAUUAAUUAAUUUCUCAAAAUUGG